UACAGCUGCUUAUACUCUUAAUGAAUAUUUUUUGACUGAGUUUUGUGAACCCAUCCUGAAGAGGCUGAUGAUUUUACUAUCUCAUUUUUUUCCUUUCUCUAGAAUGGAUUCUAGGUGGCUCCCCUGGGUGGUGGCCCUGCUAGUGAAUCUGACCAGACUGGAUUCCUCCGUGACUCAAGACACAGACUCUCCAGAAGAUUUUGUGAUUCAGGCAAAGGCUGACUGUUACUUCACCAACGGGACAGAAAAGGUGCAGUUUGUGGUCAGAUUCAUCUUCAACUUGGAGGAGUAUGCACAUUUCGACAGCGAUGUGGGGAUGUUUGUGGCACUGACAAAGCUGGGGCAGCCGGAUGCUGAGCAGUGGAACAGCCGGCUGGAUCUCUUGGAGAGGAGCAGGGAGGCAGUGGAUACGGUCUGUAGACACAACUACAGGCUGGGCGCACCCUUCACUGUGGGGAGAAAAGUGCAACCAGAGGUGACGGUGUACCCAGAGAGGACCCCACUCCUGCACCAGCAUAAUCUGCUGCUCUGCUCUGUGACGGGCUUCUAUCCAGGGGACAUCAAGAUCAGGUGGUUCCUGAAUGGGCAGGAGGAGAGAGUUGGGGUCCUGUCCACUGGCCUUAUCGGGAAUGGAGACUGGACCUUUCAGACUGUGGUGAUGCUGGAAAUGACUCCUGAACUUGGAGACGUCUACACCUGCCUUGUCGAUCAUUCCAGCCUGCUGAGCCCUGUUUCUGUGGAGUGGAGAGCUCAGUCUGAAUAUUCUUGGAGAAAGAUGCUGAGUGGCAUUGCAGGCUUCCUAUUUGGGCUAAUCUUCCUUCUGGUGGGGAUCGUCAUCCAGCUCAGGGCUCAGAAAGGUAAUGAACCUGUGAGGAGUGCCCUGCGGCCUGCCCAAAGGCUUCCCUGCUCCCAUCUUCCCUAACAUCAAAGAUCUGAGGUAAGGAGAGCUGAUUGUACCUCUUGGGGAUCAUUGGGAUAAUUUUUUCCGAAGCUAGAAACAGGGAAUAAGCAGAGAGAGUGCUGACAUUGCCAGCCAUUUGUCUUCCCUUGGGACAACUAUAUUUGGUCCUAAUUGGGGCAAUCCAUUCUUUGCUCGAUUUCUUCCCAGGACAUGUGGGGACGCACAUGUCUGGUGAUGAGGUAACGUCUCUUUUCCCUUGUCUUUGAGUGGCAGAUUGUUCUCCCAGUUCUUUGGCCAGAGGAAUAUGCCAUGGGGGUGGGGAGGAGUUAGGUUGCUACUGUCUGGGUGACAUUGUCCUUUGAGUCUCUGGAACGGCUGUGGGGGGUGGUGAGGCUGCCUCCUGAGACCUUCAUCACUGUUUCUCCAGGUCUCAAGAGCUGUUCUGCUGCCUCAGUCAUACUAAAGUCCUCAUGGAAGCUUCUCUCCCUGGAGCCUAAAGUAGUGAUGGGUAGUCUGGGCCCUGGGUGAGGUGAAGGACAUUCAUGAGGCCAGUGUUCUGGGAAUAACUCUCUUCCUUGAUCCUUGGAGGAGUCCAAUGCGAUUCUGGAACUCUGUGCUCUGAGAUCAUGCAUCUCCCACCCAUCUGCCCUUCUCCCUCCUACAUGUAUACAUCAUUAAUCCCCAUUGCCAAGGAGUCUGUCCAGAAACUCCCCUAAGACCUUACUUCUUCCAGCCUCAAAUCAUUUGCUUUUCUAUGGUCCAGCCCUGCCCCAUAAGUCAUGAUCUCCAACGCUUUCUGUGUUCCAACUGCAGUCUCCAGUCUUAGAAGACUAUGCUCAGGUAGUCACUGUUUCCUUUUCACUCUUUUUAAAAACCUCUUCAUUGUAAAAUAAAAUGGAGAUACAGA